CAAAGGGUGCAGGGCUCUCCCCUCCCACUCGGGGCAUCGGGCCAAGGCCCACGCCUCCCACCCAGGCCCAGGCCGGUGGCCGAGCCUAGGGCUCCAGCUCUUGCGUGCCCCGUCUGUGCCGGGGCCCCACGAGCUGUCCGCGCACUCCUCUGCUCCGUGGCCGCUCGACAGCGCGCAGUCUUGGCCUUUUCUUCCGCAGUCAUGGGCGCCGCAGCUUCGUCUGCCCUCACCGGGCUCAGCCUUCCCCAGCUCCGCCUCCGUCUUGCGCUCCUAGCCUCGGCGCAACCCAGGACCGCCUGGCUCGGGGCGGCCGCCCUGGGGCUGGCCACAGUCGCGGCGCUGAGCGCCGCCGCCUGGAGCAUUAGAGGCCGGCGGGGCCGGCGGCGGCGGCGGCGGCGACGGCUGCAGCAGGUGGGCACCGUGGCGCAGCUCUGGAUCUACCCCAUCAAGUCCUGCAGGGGGGUGCCUAUGAAAGAGGCCGAAUGCACGGAGAUGGGGCUGCGCAGCGGCCACCUAAGGGACAGGUUUUGGUUGAUCAUCAAUGAAGAAGGGAAUAUGGUCACUGCCCGACAGGAACCCCGCCUGGUACUAAUUUCCCUAACCUGUGAAAAUGACUCCUUGAUGCUCAGUGCAGCUUACACCCAGGACUUGAUUCUACCAAUCAAAGCACCCAGCACAAAUGUGGUGCGGAAGUGCAGAGUUCACGGCCUUGAGAUCGAGGGGAGAGAUUGUGGUGAUGAGGCUGCCCAAUGGAUUACCAGUUUUCUGAAGACUCAGCCCUAUCGUUUGGUGCAUUUUGAGCCUCAGAUGAGGCCAAGAAAUUCCAAACAAAUAGUGGAUGCUUUCCGGUCUACAGAUAAGGUCGCUUACCCUGAUGCCAGCCCUUUCUUGAUCCUCUCUGAGGCUUCACUGGUAGAUCUCAAUUCCAGGCUUGAGAAGAAAGUUAAAGCAAACAACUUCCGGCCCAAUAUAGUGAUAUCAGGAUGCAGGGUUUAUGAGGAGGAUUCUUGGAAUGAAAUCCUCAUUGGCGAUGUGGAAAUGAAAAGGAUAAUGGCUUGUGGCCGGUGCAUUUUAACCACUGUGGAUCCAGACACUGGCAUCAUGAACAGGAAGGAACCCCUGGAAACCCUAAGGAGUUACCGGCAGUGUGAUCCUUGUGACCAAAAGGUGUAUGGCAAGGCACCUCUCUUUGGACAGUAUUAUGUCCUGGAAGAUCCAGGAACAAUCAAAGUGGGAGAUCCAGUGUAUCUCUUGGACCAGUGACAGUAGCACCAUCUCCUUGUGUGGCAUAUCUCUUCUGUAUAUUUGCUGGGAAAUAACCCCUUUUAAGAAGCGUUUUUAGCAAUGGACAUCUUUACAAUUUCUUCUGAUUUAAGUGUCCUAAAUUUUUCAUCUCUUAGUACUCCUUUCGACUUCCAGUGUCCCAGAACACCAAGAGAAGAAAUGGGCCCUUCUUAAUGCUACUAGAACUUCUGAGUGUGAUGUUUAAAAUCUAAAUUGUGGUCUCCUUAAAUUAGAAGCUUCAGCACCAGUCUUUGGGCAUUAAACAUUUAUUAAAGCAUACAGGUAUUCACAAGGAGUUCAGAAAGUUAAGAAA